AUGACACCGUCACAUUGGAGUUGGAACAAAUAGGUCCAAUACGACGUCGUCUCCUUCCAUUCGGGACAAUCUGCAAACAAGAAAAAGGGAAAAUUGUCUGCGCUGAUCCUAACGCUUCCUUCCAUGUGCGAUCGACCUCCCUCGCUUAUCCCCAAUCCCCCGAUCUCCUCAGAGAAUUGGCAAUAACAUUUGGGAAAAAAGAAGUUAAGCACUGAAUAGGGGCUUUAUUUGCUACUUUUAAGAUAUUUUUGGGAGAUGGCAGAGAAGUCAUGCGUCAAGCGCUUACAGAAGGAAUAUAGAGCACUGUGUAAGGAACCGGUUUCUCAUGUUGUGGCCCGUCCUUCCCCAAAUGACAUUCUCGAGUGGCAUUACGUCUUGGAGGGAAGCGAAGGAACACCUUUUGCAGGUGGAUAUUACUAUGGGAAGAUCAAGUUUCCUCCAGAGUAUCCCUAUAAACCACCAGGAAUCAGCAUGACUACUCCCAAUGGACGAUUUAUGACUCAGAAGAAAAUUUGUUUGUCUAUGAGUGAUUUUCAUCCUGAAAGUUGGAAUCCGAUGUGGUCCGUGUCAAGCAUACUUACAGGGCUUCUUUCAUUUAUGAUGGACAACAGUCCUACAACUGGCAGUGUGAACACUACUGUAGCUGAGAAGCAACGGUUGGCAAAGACUUCUCUUGCUUUUAACGCCAAGAAUGUCACAUUUCGCAAGAUGUUUCCGGAGUAUGUGGAGAAAUAUAACCAGCAGCAACAGCAGCUUUCUGAGCAGCUGAAUCAAGAGCAGGUUGCACCUGAAUCGUCUCAAGAAAAUUCCAAGCCCUUGUUGGAAAAGGUUGACGGUUCUACGGCAGGAGGUAUGAAAACAGUAGGUGCCCUAAAGGACACGAGGAGGAUUAAAAAGCAGUCGUUCCCUACCUGGAUGAUGUUACUGCUCAUUUCUAUCUUUGGUGUUGUAAUGGCUCUGCCUCUACUUCAACUUUAAACAGCCCAAAUAGAAAAUUUAUUGGGGUUGAUAGACAUAAAAGCUUUUGCAAGUUGAGAUUGGACUCGUUCUGAAUUUUCCUUAGGUUUAUGUUGUAUCUAUUAUAAUUUUGUAUAGGAGGUUAAUACCUAAUGUCAGUUGAACCUCUUGGCUAAUGUCUUUUCCCUUCUACGUCGAUGUUUUGUCGCACUUUGUCAAUCUUGAAAUGUUGGAAAUGGUGUUAUUUUUAACCAGUCUAUCGGUCUUCAUAUUA